AUGCCAAACCAAUGGCCCACCGUCCACUACAAGGAAGAGGGCAUGCGUGAGGGCAUGCGUGAGGGCAUGCAAAUCGAGGACGCCGACAUCGCCGUUGACGAUAAGGUUGAGCUCCUCGACAUGCUGUCCGAGACCGGCCUCACCAGCAUCGUUGUCGGGUCGUUCGUCAGCCCCCGGUGGACCCCGCAGAUGGAGCGCAUCGACGAGAUCGUACACCGGUUCACUCCCAAGAUGGGCGUCACCUAUUCCGCUCUGGCGCUCAACCAGCGCGGCAUCGAGCGUGCCCGCGCCUACUCGCCGCCCCUGACCAUCGAGCGCGACGCGUAUCCGCGGCUCAGCUGCCACCUUUGCGACGUGUUCGCCCGCCGUAACACCAACCGCACCCAAAUGCAGGAGAUGGAACGCUGGCCCGCCAUCAUCGCCCAGGCCCAGGAAGUCGGCAUCACCCAAUCCGGUAUCGGCUGUAACGCCUCCUGGGGUUCCAACUUCCUCGGUGAGUUUGAAGUGGACACCCUGAUGACGCUGCUGGAAUAUCAGCACGGGUUGUGGGAUGAGGCCGGAAUAGCCGUCCGGAGUUGCUCCAUGGGCGACCCCAUGAGCCACUGCACGCCGGCCAAGGUGGAAGAGAGUAUCUCCCGUGUGAAGGAGCGCUGGCCGGAAAUCGAUCACUUCCGCCUGCACCUCCAUAACGGCCGCAACAUGGCCAUCGCCUCCGCCUAUGCCGCGAUGCGUGUUCUCGGCCCCGAGGAUACCCUUGAGCUCGAUGGCGACCAUCGGCGGGUUCGGCGGCUGCCCCUACUGCGGCAACGGCCGCGCCACCGGCAUGGCCCCCACUGA